AUGUGGGACGCCAAUCAUGGACCAGAAAGAGCGAGACUGAACCUAGUCAAAGUUGGUAAUCUACGUGGAGCCUGGUCAGCAGGAGUGCACGAUAUUCACCAAUGGAUACAGUCAUCAUCGUUCAUAUUUUUCAUUAAGGUUGAUCUUUUAACCCCGCAUCGCAUCUUUGGAUUGGCAACACAAGGUCGUCAGGAUUGUUGUUCACAGUGGGUAACUAGCUUCAAGAUCGCCUGCAGUGUUAAUGGAGUGUCAUUUGAUACUGUACAAGACCUCAGCACCCCUAGCACCGACAAGGUCUUCAAUGGCAAUAUUGACCAGGACACUGUGGUAAACAACACGUUACCCGUGCCUCAAGUCUGUCGCUAUGUCCGCCUGCUACCCCUGACCUUCCAUAAUCGUAUCAGCCUCCGUAUGGAGCUCUAUGGAACAGCUCGCGUGAUAGUCGAUGUCAUCCCACCAGAAGUUCACUCCUGUCCCCAAGACCAAACAUUCACAGCUUCUGUUGGAACUACUUUCAAUUCCUUCACAUGGACACCACCAACAGCUACUGAUGCAGCUGGGAUUCAAUCCAUUGUCUCUGACCAUCAGCCUGGGGUUGAAGUCUCUGUUAACAAUCUAAUAACAGUUAUCUACACUGUGACUGAUAAUAAUGGACUGAUUAAUACAGACUGUUCUUUUACUCUAAGCAUCGUACGCGAAGGCACAAAUAAAACUUUUGAGGCUGAUAAAGCCGUCGACUUUGAGACCAAGUCCGUAACAGGCGACAAGACAGCGAGAGUUGCCUUUGCUAAAUCCUUUGCAGUUGGAGGCGCAAACAAAACUUUUGAGGCUGAUAAAGCCGUCGACUUUGAGAUCAAGUCCGUGACAGGCGAGAAGACAGUGAGCGUUGCCUUUGCUAAACCCUUUGCAGUCGGAGUGACCGCCCUCACCACUAUGUACGAUCCGGGUGACAGUGCUGAGGGGAAUGACAACGUUAUUGAAGGCGUUGGUGAUCAUACCGAUACGAAGCUCGUCAUCAAUUCCAUUGUCCUCGACAUCGUCCUCGUCGACGAGCACGGAGUGCAGAUCGUUCUCGGUAAAGAUGAAGAAAUACUGCUGACAUUCGCGUCCAGCGAACCGGGAGGAUUCAAGGAGAGAAUUUGCCGGUAUUACGAUGAAGACGUAUCCAAAUGGUCUCGUUUUGGCUGCUACGUUCAAACUUCCAACGCGACUGUUGUCACCUGCGCGUGUAACCAUACCACCAGUUUCGCAGUGCUUCUACAGUUUGAGGAUUGUGCGAUUGACGGUACCAACCUUCAGAUCCAGACUUUAAUGACUCGAAUCUUCAAUUCCAUCUCCAUCUUCGCCCUCUUCCUCUCCAUCAUCAUCUUCACCUAUCUCAAAUUGUACACCUCUGACCAGGUCAAAGUUCACAUCUGCCUUGCCAUCUCACUGGCCUUGGCCCAACUGGUGAUGCUCUUCAUGGGCCAGACCGAACAUAAGGGUAUCUGUCGGGCCAUAGCUGGUAUCAUGCACUAUUUGCUGACGGCUUACUGCAUCUCAAUGAUCCUUGAAGGGACACUGCUUCACCGCAAGGCCUCCCGGACUCAAAAGGCCCCAGCCAAGGGUUGGGUGAUCUUACUCUGCGUUUGGGGCAUUCCAUGUGUGAUGGUAGCCGUAUUGAUGGGAAGUGUGAUAGAUGGCUAUGGUGGUGAAUGUGCCUGUUGGUUGAACGUACAAUACGGAACUAUGUGGAUUUGGCUUGCAGAGGUGUGUCUUGUCGUAGCGGUUAACACCGUCCUCCUGUCUCUGAUCAUGCGGACUUUUAUCUCUCUCAAGGCGAACACAAAGAAGAGCGAAACUGACAGACUCAAGGCUACAGCUCGUGCUUUGUUGAUCAUGAUGCCUAUGCUGGGAAUGACUUGGAUGUUUGCUCUGCUACAAGCUUCGUUCAAAAAUGUCUUCUUGCAGUGGUUAUUCAUCCUACUCAACGCACUGCAAGGACCCGUGUUCUUCGUGUUUCAGUGCGUCAUGCAUCCAGAGGUCCAGAAGGUCAUCGGCCGCAAGCGCAAGACAGGCGACUCGUCCAAGUUAGCCAUGAAAACCUCGACCUCUGGCAUUGGUCGAACCGAGUUGACGGGUAUUUCUCAUGACACAGAAUCCAAGCUGGGAGAAGUUCAUUAAACAUAAUUCGUGGAACCGGUCCUCAAACAAUUACGUCAUCUGGACAAUUUUGUUAAACCUUUGAGUUAGUCUAUUAAUUCAUUAAACUAUAUUUGAAAAAGAGGGUUUAAAAUAGCAUGAUCAUUAAGACGAAGUUAAAGUUUUCAUCGGAAUCAUUAAAUAUUUUCAAGUUAUAUUAUGUGAAAAUUGACUAUAGGUAAUGAGGAUUAAUGCCUUACCAAAGGGCACUAGCGCAUUGAGUUGAGCCAUCAAGCCUAUCAUUUCAUUGUUUAAACUAUUAAACAGAAGUAUUCGUAUUAGAUCUUCGAUCAUCAACAGACGGAGAGGUAGAUAAUUAUCAAAUUUAAGGAACAAAUGAUGUCGCAUAAAAGAUCUGAUAUCAUUGUAAAUAAAUAUGUAAAUUAGGUAAAUUUCGUCCAUUUUAAAUGUACCGGAGAUAGAAUCUUCUCUUUUUGGAGUCAUAUACGGAUUAUGCCGUGUUGGUAGUAAAAUCAACACAGAGACACAGAGUGGAAUCUACUCUCAAUGAGUAGGAUUCAAACCACUAAUGUGGAGUGGAUUCCACUAUGAUUUGGAGCGGAUUCCAUUAUGAUUUGGAGUGGUUUCCUCUAUAAUUAGAGUGGAUUCCUCUAGGAUUAGGAGCGGAUUCCACAAAAUUAACCAUGUCUUUUUACAUCUUCUAGGCCUAUAUGCUUGUCUAGAAUGUAAUUUCACCGAUUUGGUCAAUUAAUAUUAAGUAGAAAAUAUGAUGUAAACCAAAAUAUCAUGAGUUUUCUAUGACAGACUAAUAAAAUUGUGCUUUGUGAAACUAAGCAAAAUAGAACGGCGGGAAGGGAAAGGAAAUAGAUCGCAUGUGAGACAAAUCAUUAGGAAAUUAAAAGAAAUACGAUUAAUAAGCAUGGUUAUAAGAGUUAUAUAAUACUUUGUUGUUGUUUCUGAUAUUCAGUUUAUUUAGCUUACUAAUAUUGGUGUAAUAAGCUAUUAACGUACAUUUUUUUGCUUUUUCGUUUGUAUUACCGUAUGUAAUUUACAUGGGUUUGCUUUAAAAGUCUUUCAUCUAAUGCUCGUAUGCUAACUAUUAAAUGUCUUUCAAAAAUCACUCUGAUUUUUUUCUCAGGUUCAACAAAGAUGUUAAUUUUGUUACGCAUGAUGUAUUUUCUGGAAUGUGUACUUUGCAUUUUGUAAUUUGUUCAGAUGACGCGAUUCU